ACGCAGCCUCCGAAGAAAUCUCCUUGCAGCUGCCAGCGAACGUCCUGGCGGGGUCCGAGCGGGCCCACGUGACUGUCCUGGGAGACAUAAUGGGCACGGCUCUGCAGAACAUAGACCGCCUGCUGGCCAAGCCCUACGGAUCCGGAGAGGAGAACAUGGUCCGGUUUGCUCCCAACAUCUACAUCCAGCAGUACCUGGAGAAGAGCGGGCAGCUGAGCCCGGAGAUCAGAGACAAGGCCCAGGGAUUCCUCCAGAGUGGCUACGAGCGUGAGCUGCUCUAUAAACACAACGACGGCUCUUACAGCGCCUCUAGGAAGAGAGAUGCCAGGGGCAACACCUGGCUGACGGCCUUCGUUCUCAAGUCCUUUGGCCAAGCCAGGCCCUAUAUCUCCAUUGAUGAGAAGCACCUAGAGGAUGCCCUAGGGUGGCUGCACAACCGCCAGCGGAAGACCGGCUGCUUCCGCAGUGUGGGGAAGCUGUUGAACAACGCCCUGCAGGGCGGCGUGGUGGAUGAGCUCUCUCUCUCGGCUUACAUCACGGUGGUGCUGCUGGAGCUGGGGCAGCCGCUCACG